AUUUCCCUAUUAAAAUUGCUAUCAAAGUCCCCGGCACGCCCCCCUUUCUGAGAUGACCCCGGAAAACGGGAGGGGCAUCUCUUUACGCAUCAGCCAAUGGCAAUCGAAGGAUUCCAGUGUCACUACGCGUCACCGACCGCCGACCCGCGGAGGAAUCUCUCCAACGCGCGGACCGUCGUCAAGGGGCCCGGACCAAAGUUGCUCGGACUUUGUGCUCAGCAUUCGUCGUUCGUCGCAUCCCACGGUCGCGCUAUGGACCUUUCGGACCUAACGUCUCUAGAGCUCGAAAUCCUGGAACGGACAGCUGACAUGGGUGCCAUAUCCUAUGAUUCGACCCCGAUGCGCGACGUCGACGAACGCAGCGCCGCGGGCACCGACUGUGGCAACGACGAACGGCCGCGCCGCGGUGAAGCGAGUCCGCAAGAGCUGGAAGACGCACCCGACGAUGGAAUCGGGCGGCUUGGGAACACGGACUGGUGUCUAUGUGGUUCCUGCGCGCCGAUGGAGACCGUCGUCGAGUGCGUCUGCUGCCGCGAAUACCCGGCCGUCGCACGGAAGCAGCAGGGCCGGCAGGGCUGCGUAACGGGCCACCCGGACUUCGAGGCCCUGUGCCUCAACCCUGAGGUGUUGAGGUUGGCCUACCUCAACAUGCGGCACUACGGGCAGCAAGGGAUGGGCGCAAGUGCCAGCGAUCUCUGCGUGUGACCUUCAAGCCCAUCAAAACAGGGGCCGAUAUCAAAAUGACGAAAAUCAAAAUGUAAAGGCUAAACAUUGAAACGUCGAAAAAUAAAAUGCCCAACAGCAAAACGCCGAAAGGUGAGAAUGCGUACAUAUCUGAUCGCCAUAUUUGGUACGGUAUUGGCAGAUGCUAGCUGCACCAGUGUGUUGGAAUCAUGGAAGUGUCUUCUGCAAAAUUAGGAGCAUGAAAAAUGUGCAAGCUGCGCUCGAAGACGAUAUCGAGGCAGAAAUCAGAUUAGAACCUCGCCAUCUACCACACAAGAAGCAAAGCAUGCGAGAAGAGAGCCUGACAGCCACUUUGGGCAACUGGGACAAGCUCAACAUCCUUAGCUUUCUUUGGGAAAUACACACAAACUAUUAGAUCAUAUUCAACAAACAAAGAAUUCCUCUGGCAGAACAAAUGUUUCUUCCACUUUCUCAAUCUAGAACCCUGUAGGUUCGUGUUGAACAUAAUAUUUUGGAAUUGUUUGGUCUCUGG